AUGGACUUCGGGAACUCGGGCAAGUUGAGGGAAGAUGGCAUCCAUCUUGACAUGGACCGGUUGAAGAAGGGGGAGGUCAACAUGGCCGUUACAUUCAAGGAUGGCGUCAUCCUCGGGGCCGACUCGCGCACAACAACGGGCGCCUACAUUGCGAAUCGCGUGACCGACAAGCUGACGCAGGUGCACGACACCAUCUGGUGCUGCCGCUCCGGCUCCGCCGCCGACACACAAGCCGUCGCCGACAUUGUCAAGUACCAGCUCGAGCUGUAUGCCAUGGUCAACGGCAAGCCGCCGACGACGCAGACGGCCGCCGCCAUCUUCCAGGAAAUUUGCUAUGCCAACAAAGACCGGUUGACGGCAGGCCUCAUCAUCGCGGGCUGGGACGAGCGGCACGGUGGGCAGGUGUACAGCAUCCCGCUGGGCGGGUCGCUGCACAAGCAGCCGUAUGCCAUCGGCGGGUCCGGCUCGACCUACAUUUACGGCUUCUGCGACGCCCACUGGCGCGAGGGCAUGGACGAGGCCGACGCAGUAAACUUUGUCAAGGACGCGCUCAAGGAGGCCAUCAAGUGGGACGGCAGUUCGGGCGGCGUCAUCCGCAUGGUUGUGCUGACGGCCAAGGGCGCCGACAGGCAUCUAUAUUUGCCGGAUACGGACUACAAGGUGCGGCAUCUGUGA